GCUAUUAAGAAAGGCUAAGUUCCUUUUCGUAACUUUUCGUACCUACCGGGGUAAAGGGACGUCACGUGACUGCCGUGACAGCACUUGGUAGUUGGUAAACGGGGAGUUAUGUGCUUAUGCUACCCUUAGCUUACCUCCUAAAUGGGAAACUCUAAACCUGUCUACUAGGGAACGCGGACGGAAAAACCAGCACCAAUCAGAUUGCAGUAUCACACAGAAGCGAAAGUUGAUUUGCUAUUUCUGAAGUGGGGCGGGUACUCUGCUGGCGAGUGACUUAUGGAACAGAACAUUGCACUUUUUAAAAGAAAACACUCAGUGAACUGCAGACAGGCGUGAGGCGUUGUGGGAACACGCUGGGUCUCCUGUGUACAUCGUAGGUUAGUGCUGUCAUUACACAGGGAAACGGCUGCAUGACAGAGGUUAAUUUGGGUUGGGUUUGGAUUGUUUAUUAUAAAGAAGGAAUAUGUUGAGGAAGAAGACUGAGAGUAAAAACCUUCACGGUUUUCUUUCCUCUGCCAUUCAAACAUCCAUCAAGACUGAAAACUUUUACAGUGCAUACACUCUCGGCACAACAGCUUUAGGAAGGGGGAAAUACGCAGUUGUUUGGAAAUGUAUAGAAAAGUCCACAGGAAAAGAAUAUGCUGCUAAAUUUCUUAAGAAGCGGAGAAGAGGCCAGGACUGCAGAACAGAGAUAAUGCAUGAAAUAGCUGUCCUUGAGCUGGCUAAACCAAGUUUACGUAUUGUUGAUCUCUACGAAGUCUAUGAAACAGGACAUGAAAUAAUCUUGGUGUUAGAAUAUGCUGCAGGUGGAGAGAUCUUUAAUCUUGUGGUAGACCGAGAUGACUCGUUUUCAGAGCGACAUAUAAUCCGACUUCUUCGCCAGAUAAUUGAAGGAGUAUAUUUUCUUCAUCAAAAUAAUGUUGUGCACCUUGAUCUUAAACCACAGAAUAUUUUACUUAGCAGCUUAGAGCCACUUGGUAACAUAAAGAUAGUGGAUUUUGGAAUGUCUCGAAAAAUAGGCAAAACCAAUGAAAUUCGUGAAAUAAUGGGCACCCCUGAAUAUGUUGCUCCAGAAAUAUUAAAUUAUGAACCCAUCACAACAUCCACAGAUAUAUGGAGUAUAGGAGUCAUUUGCUAUAUGCUUCUUACUGGGGAGUCUCCGUUUUUGGGAGCAGACAAGCAAGAAACCUUCCUGAAUAUUUCACAGGUUAAUGUUGAUUUUUCAGAAGAUACGUUUUCUUCAGUUUCCGAAGAAGCUAUUGACUUUCUUAAAUCUGUCCUUGUGAAAAACCCAGAAAAGAGAGCCACAGCUGAAGAUUGUUUAUCACACCCAUGGCUGCAGCAAGAUGAAUGUUUGCACUAUUGCUGUCUGGAAAGGACGACGUACAUUUUUCAGGCAGAUGAACCACUAAAGUGUGACAGACUCAAGGUAAAAUGCCCCUGCAAUGGUGUAAAUAAUAAUAAUAAUAAUUACCUCGAAGACAAAGAAAACAUUCCGGACGACCAUGCCAUGGCUUCCAAGCGUUUCCGCUUUGACGAUUCCUACUUGCAUCACAAAUGUUUGUAACGUGUACAUGGGUCCAAAGGACUAGCACAUUUUUUUUAGCUGGAUUCGAUUUAUUAAAGAAGGAUUUUAGUACUUAAAAAAUAAAUUAAAAAAUUGUAAUAGAAAACACCCAAAACAAUAUAUGCACUUAAUUUUGUACAAAACUGUUUUAUGGCGCAAAAGAGAAAAACAAAUCUGUUGCCACAAUUUAAAAAAAAAAAUAUUGUAAUUGUAUUUCACUGGAUCUUCUUUUUUUUUGUGUUUUUUUUUUUUUUUGUGUGUGUGUGGAUUCUAACUCGGUGCUAGAAAAGCCUCUCGGGGUGGUGUACAAUAAGGAAUAAAUGCACAAUAUGCCAUCAGUAGAGGGUCAAGAGAAGUUGUUAGCAUGAUGGCGAUUAAAUAAGGAUUUACACAACGGGGAAAAAAUUUAUUUUUAAAUAAUUUUCUUACUGUAGAAAAUUUAGAUAUAAAUAUUGGGAAUUAUGUAUAUUCAUUUUAUCUAUAUAUAUAUAUAUGUGUGUGUGUGUAUAUGUUAUAAGUAAAGUCAGAAAGUCCUAAGAUUACCCAAGUGGCUGUACUGUAAAUGUACUGUAAUUCCCCCGUCUACACUAUUUUUUAUUUUUUUCCCCACCAAUCCUCCUGGCAUCCACCCGAAUUGAACCUAGGGGAAUGAGGUUUACAAGGGGGGCUUCGAUGCAGUGAUUCGAUCAGUCUGAGGGGAUCCAUCUUACAUCGGGCUUUACCCACAGCUGCUUGGGUAAUCCUAGCAUUUUGUGUGUUUAUGUUCUCUUUUGACCCUAAAUUAAAGAGAUUUUCUAAUGCAUAAAUAAAAUCUCAGAUGUUGCCUUGUUAGAGCAUCUUAUUAUAGAUUUUAUAACUGGGCGGUUAAUUGAUGAACAAAGUUAAAGUCCAACACAUUGCAGCUGUGGAGCAAGUAACUAUAUACAUAAGCCGUUCCUUACUCGUUAACUGGACAUGUCCUGACAUGUUUCAGUUCAUGAACGGGACUUUAAAGCCAGCAAAGGAAAACGCAUAGCUAAAUACAAGGGAGUCUAAUGUAGAAAUUACACAUUGUAAUAAACUAGAGCAUUUUAUUUUUACAGCAGAAUCUCCCUUUAGUGGUUCCUAAAAAUAUUUUUGAUAAUUUUUUGUAUUACCUAAUAUUCUCCACAGUUCUAUUUAUGUAUAUUUUUAAAAAGUUAAUUUUUGUUUUUGCAUUGGGAUACAGUUGGACAUCCCAGAUUGGUCCUUGAACGCCCACUGUUAAGUAGCCAGGUGAUUAUUUGUGUGUGUUUGUAUAUAUAAAGCCUUAAAAACUAUGGGUACAAUUCAAUGAGCCUUUUCUGCUAGGCUACUGGGAUUUCGCAAUUAACCACUGCUUUGUACCAUCACAAUGCAUGAAAUGUGUUGGAGUUUAUUACUGUACAGUAAGUUAAUAAUUUAGGCUAAGACCAAUUGUAAUGACUCAGUUUGUAUACAAGGACGUGGUACAGAGCUGCUAUUUGAUUUGUCAUUCUAUUUUACACGUGGAAAUCAAUAACAUUAUUUGCACUUUUGUUUAACAUAUUAUUUAUAUUCUGUGGGCAUCAUCAAAAUAUAUAUCUUCUAAAUUUUUUCUAAGAUAUUUGAAAACUAUUUAAUUCAAUUGUUCUGUUAAAUUGCUUAGUGUAUUUUUACAUUAACUCAAUGCAGAUAAGUCUAACAUACAAUUCAUCUAACAUUUCUGCUCAGAUCACUAAUAUCUGUUUAAGUAAUAAAUGUGUAUAUUAAAGGGACAUUAAAAACAAUAGUAUGUGGGUCUAAAACAUACACAAAAUGUCUAGUGUAGCUUUUUUUUUUUUUUAACAAAAUUGACACCACAUACAUGUGCUGAUCUCAGCUGUUGCCUUUAUACUGAUUAAUAGGGAUGCACUUUGCACUAGCUUAUCUGUAAAUCAAGCUACUGUACACGAGUAUACCAAUCACUGGCUGUCAGAUGCUUUUUUCCAUUGCAAUGUAAUGCUCUAAAUCACCAUCAUAUGUUUUACUUUUAUUUUAUUUAUACUUUUGAAGGAAUAUAAAAAAUGUUACUCUAAAACAAGGAGGUUGUUCUUUUUGGAAUUGUAAAUGUUUUGUGUACAAUUAUGCUGAGACUUGUAUAAACAUUUUAUAUUUCUGUACAGACCUAUAAAAAUGACAGUUUCUUUUGAAGGAUAUAUAUGUGUUUGUAAAUAUGCAUAUUUUAUUUUGAUUAUUCUACCUAAAUAUUUUUCAUAAAUCAAAUUUAAAUACAUAUUUUGUAAACUGAUGAAAUUAUAUAUGUGUGUAAAUUUGUAUGUAUAGCUAUAUAUGUAUAUACAGACACAAAAUGAUGUGGUCACCUGACCAUCACACCUAUAUGAGCUUGUUGGACAUCCAAUUCCAAAACCAUGGGCAUUAAUAUUUAGUUGGCCCCCUUUACAAUUAUCACAGUAGAUUUUGGAGUUUUUCUGAGGGGCUUUGUGCCCAUUCAUCCAAAACAACAUUUAUUAGGUAAGACACUGAUAUUUGAUAAAAUAUUCUCAGAGUUACAGCUCAUUACAAAGGUGGGGUUGAGGUCAGGGUUCUGUGCUCAGGGUUCUGUGCAGGCCACUUGAGUUCCUCCACACCAAACUCGUCAAGCUAUGUCUUUAUGGGCCUCACUUUGUGCACAGGGACACAGUCAAACUGGAACUGGAAAGGGCCUUUCCCAAACUGUUAACAAAAAGGUGGAAACACCCAGUUUUUUAAAAUGUAAUUAAUGUGAUAUUUGUUUGUGCUUUUAAAUUUUAGAAUGAAGGGGAAAUCUAUGGAUAUGCAUUUCUAAAUCUGGAUAUUUUCCAUCAUAACUUUUUAAUGUACUUGUUACAUUGACAGAAACUGGAAUAUUGAUUGUUGUUGGCACUAACAUACUUUUUGUAGUAAACAAAUGCAAUUUAAUGCAGACAUCCUCAAACUUGGCCCUCCAGAGGUUUCGGAACUACAUUUCCCAUGAUACUCAGCCAGCAUUUCGGCUGGCUGAGCAUCAUGGGAAAUGUAGUUCCAAAACCUCUGGAGGGCCAAGUUUGAGGAUGUCUGAUUUAAUGUAUAGACAGAAAUUUGAGUUAUUUGUAAAUGUGUCUGUUUUAAUAAAUUGCUCUUAAAACAGAUUAAA